AUGUCUUCUACCGCCGUCCCAAAGAAGCCUGUUGCGCUGAAGCGCAACCUGCCCACCGAGUCGUCGGUGGCCAGCUCGGCCUCGGUCUCUCCCAUGGAAAGCCCGCGCCAGUCGCCCUCGACCACCUCUUUGUCGUCGCUCGCCUCGGACCAGGAGGCGACCAAGGGCUCCAAGAUGACCGACACUCUCGGAAACGAAUUCGCCCUCCCCGAUUAUACCAUCAAGCAGAUUCGCGACGCCAUCCCCGCCCACUGCUAUGAGCGCUCCGGUGCCACUGGCUUGUACUAUGUCUUUCGCGAUUUGGUCCUCCUCGGCACCACCUUUUAUCUGUUCCACAAUUACGUGACUCCGGAGACGGUGCCUGACGUGUAUGCUCGUACGGGACUGUGGACUCUGUAUACCGUUUUGCAGGGUCUUUUCGGUACUGGAUUGUGGGUGUUGGCUCACGAGUGCGGUCACCAGUCGUUCUCGCCGUCCAAGGUGCUCAACGAUACCGUGGGAUGGGUCUGCCACUCGCUCCUACUUGUGCCUUACUUUUCGUGGAAGAUUUCUCACGGAAAGCACCACAAGGCUACCGGAAACCUCAGCCGUGACAUGGUGUGGAUUCCCAAGACACGCGAGCAAUUCGCUUCCGGCCUCGGCAAGACUAUCCAUGAAAUCAACGAGUUGGUGGAGGAGACCCCCAUCGCCACUAUUUUGCACCUUGUUGGUCAGCAAUUGUUUGGAUGGCCAUUGUACAUCUUGACCAACGUCACCGGACACAACAACCACGAGCGUCAACACGAGGGCCGUGGCAAGGGCAAGCAGAAUGGCUUUUUUGGAGGCGUGAACCACUUCGUCAUGAGCAGCCCCCUGUACGAGGCCAAGGACGCCAAGCUCAUCCUCCUGAGUGAUCUGGGACUGGCCAUUGUCGGUGCUGCUCUGUACUAUUUGGGUACCAACUUUGGCUGGAUGAACUUGCUUGUGUGGUACGGCAUUCCCUACCUUUGGGUCAACCACUGGCUUGUUGCCAUCACCUUCUUACAGCACACCGACCCCUCUCUGCCUCACUAUCAAAACGAGGUCUGGAACUUCACCCGCGGUGCCGCCGCCACCAUCGACCGUGAGUUUGGCUUCGUUGGUCGCCAGCUGCUCCACGGAAUCAUCGAAACCCACGUACUCCACCACUAUGUCAGCACCAUCCCCUUCUACCACGCCGACGAGGCCACCGAGGCCAUCAAGAAGGUCAUGGGCAAGCACUACCGCAGCAACACCGAGGGCGGCUCUCUGGGCUUUUUGUCGGCCAUGUGGACCAACGCGCGCAUGUGCCAGUGGAUCGAACCCAACGAAAACGCCCAGGGUGAGAGCAAGGGCGUCAUGUUCUACCGCAACCGCAACGGCCUCGGCGCUCCUCCAGCCAAGCUUGUCCAGGCGUCAUAA